CGUGCACAUAACUGGUGUAAAUAUGGCGUCACAAGAGGACGAUAACAAACUAGAGUGUUUUUCAAACGUAAACAAACAGCAUGAAAGAUACUUCUUAAAUGUUUAUAAGAAACAUGAGUAUAUUUUAAAUAAUAAGAAUGAAUCGUUUGAAAAUAAAAUCGAAUCUCUAAUAGAUGUAUGGAGAAGCAUUGCAGAAUUAAACCUAUCACAAUUUGAUCUUCGACAUGUUAUUCAAAUUAUGGAUUGGGCAAAAUUACAUGCUUUAAAUAUUGUUCUAACUGCUGAAUGGAAUAGUUUUAAAGUUACAUACCAAUCUAAAUUAUUGGAUGAAAUAGGAAAAGCUCAAAAUGAACUUCUUAAGUUGAAUAAUGCAUUUGCAACUCCUUGUAAAAAGUUAGCGGACGUAGUCAAAAAUCCAUGGGAGGAUCCAGUAUUAAUGAAACUAAUGAAAACAAAAGAUGCGGAAAUUAAUACGGAAGAAAUUGAAUUUUUUUGUGUAGAAACAGUUUAUCUUGUGUCUGUUAGAUUAAAAAAAUUGUGUGAGUCCCAUUGUGAAGAUUUAGCGUUAAAUUUAGUUACGGCUUUUAUGAAUUGCAAUAAGUUAUCAAAAACCCAAAAUUUUAGUCUUAAUGCUACAGAGACUCAGAUGUGGUUCAUUUUUGAUAUUUACAUAGCUUUACUGUACAAAUUUCAAGAUAAACAGAAAAUUGUGGUCUUGCUAAAAGAACUUUCAUUCGAUGAAGGGCUUCAAUUGGUAAAGAGAUUUGCCAAAAAGCGCGUGAAAAUAUCAAAAAUUUGGAAGAACUGCCAACGUAUAGCCAUUCUAGCAGUACAACUGUAUAUUUCUCAAGCGGUUGUUAAAUAUACUGAGGAACUAAAGGAGAUUCUGGAGAAUUACAUUGAAAUUUAUAUUUCCUUGUGCAAUACCGAAGUGUUAUUACAGGAUUUUUCAACAUCUAUCCGAAGGAUAAGCAAUUUAGCCGACGCUGCUGGAUUAUACAUAUUCUGCAGUGUCAUGCAGAGAAAGGCUGGUACUCCACUAAAACCAUUGGUAGUCGAGAUGUACAUACGGGCGCUAACGACUGAUAUGAACGAAUUGGAACGUCAAAAAGAUGCGAACGAAUCGGAAAAAGUUUCUGCGACAACAUCUAGAUUGGCAGAGGCGUUUUGUAAUCUGGCUGAUUUCCUCGAUGAGCACGUGAAAGUCGCAAGGGAAUGUGUUUUAACUGCGUUUAGUCUAGAACCGACUAAACAACGCUUGGAGUAUAUUGAAACAUUGGCAAAAAGGAGCGGAUUUCAAGUCUUAGAUACAGGCCAAGAAUGGAAGUGUAAACUGCAUCCUCCGACUUCACCAUCUGACGAAAUAACUUGGAUGUGUCCAGAGUGCGGCGACUGGAUGUCGAAACCUGAGUUUAAUGUACCGAUUAAAAUAAACAUGGCUCUUAAUGAGGCUCUGCAAAACUCUGUGCUUGGAAUUUCGGAAUCUUUAUGCGACGAUCUGGUAGUGUGUCUCUCUAAUCCCCGAUAUCAGAUAUUAAGUUGGUUUUUACCUUGGGAAGACUUACAUCGGCUAUGCUUGAUGUACUUGCAAGAUCCUCAGGCUACUAAGAACAUUGUUACGGAAUUAAAAUUUGUUGACAUUGAUUAUUCUAUAUUUAAAGGCAUUAAAAGAGAGCCUCUUGAUGAAUACGAUGGAAUUGAAAGAGGUUACGAGCAGUAUUUGGAUCAAGAUUUUGUGUCUGAUGAAGAAACUACCUCAAACAGUGAAGAUUCGAUGUCCCAAGAUUCAAGACCUUAUAGCCUCGGCAGCGAUGGAGCAGGAGAGGGUCCUUAUUUACCAAUGCUUCCAGUGCAAUCCAAGUCUGAUCCCAACACUUUAAAGAGCUUGCGAAUGUUUCGUCAUAACCUUAAGAGAGGUCGAGAUAAGGAAAUUGACGAAGGAGCGCCGGAGAAAUUAUUCAAAUCUGAUACAAAUAUUGCGGCUGUGGACGCUGUAGAUGAUCCAAUUGAACCGCAGAAUAUUGACACAAAUAUCUGCAAUCCUACGUUAAAUCAACUUCUAAACGGGGUUGCUGCGAAGAUGUCGACUGUGCAAUAUCCAAAUACACACAGCGGUAUAAAAAAUCCUAGCAACAAAGAUUUUCAUUCAAAAAACGUAAAGACUGCCACGUUGCCUCUGCUUGGUGGGCAAGUGGCGAAGAAGGAAAACACUUUAAUCCAAGUAAACCUAAAACAACUCCGCGAAACUCGCCAGGAGAUCGAAAUUCCUUCUCACAUGAAAAUUCCAGUCAGCAAAAUUUUCAAAAAGAAACCGCCCAAAAAAGAUCAAAAAGUCAAGACACUAAACAAAUCCUUAUGGAGUGGUUUGAAAGAAAGCAGCAGUUACAGCUUAAGCAGCAGAAAAAUGUUGCCGGAAUCCCGACCCACGUCGGGGGUCAGAGUUUACAAAAGAAAGCCUCGAGUGGAACCAACGCAAGCAACCAAUAUCCCUCGUACACAGUUCAAUCAGAUUGUACCAACAGCCAAAAGAGAGAGUUUCAGAACGGAUCUAGUGCAAGAUACUCGGUUAAACCAAGCAGCACAAUCCCCUCAUCAACAAUAUCUAAUUACGCCAAAUCUGAACUCGCAAAUUGUUCUAUCAGUCAAUCAGCAAAUCAGUUCUCUGCACCAAACAUUUACGGUAUGCAGUCAGAAUCAAGCAGUAGAAGAAUUGGGCAGUCAUCAAACAAAGCAUUCAGGACUGGAACAACCAGAGAUAUUACAUACCAACAGCCCGGUACUUCCUCAAAUCAAACCAUUAACAAUACCUUUAGUGGCACUACAAUCCAAAAUAGUGGAAAAAUGUCUGAACACCAAUUGUUUGACAAAGAAUUAUAUUCAGCAAUGCAAGGACAGUAUGAGGGAUAUUCACAGGUCAACGCAAACCUCGGAAUCGAGCAAAACAAUAAAUUCCAACCAACCUUAUGUUCCGUUGAUAAAAGUAGAACAUCUACAACCCAACCUAAUUUCUACACGGGAAUGCAUCCAGACACCAUCAGUCAAUCAAAACCAGAUACCAAUCAAGCAUUUGGUGUCUACCAAUCAAACGAACAAACAAGAAAAAUCGCCGAACUCCUCUUAUCAAUGUCUCAAACAACCACAACAGGAGGUCACCAAGGAAAUUAUGAACUCUAUUCACAACCAGGUCUUGCAGAUACCAAUAAAACGAUUGAACAUCGUAAAGGAAGUUCAGGAAGAGAAACAGUCAGAGAAUUGCUCCAGUCUUUUUCUAAAAAGGGAAAUACAGUUGGAAGAGCAUCAGUUUCGACUGCAGCAACCGUUAAAUCAGACGCAGCAUACGACUUUAAAGUGCCACAGUCUUAUGUUUCAAUCAACCAGCACCCGGGAGCAAACGCUCAAACAGAAAUUUCACAACCAAUUUGCUAUGUACAACUAACUUCUUACCAAAAUCCGAAUCAGGUCCAUCUGGAAUACUCGCUAAGCAAUUGCUUCAACCCACAAACCACGCAGGAAAAGCACCCUUUGGAGAUCAAAACUCUAAUCAACCAGCAACUGCAGGAAUCAGUCAAAGAAACGCAGUAUCAUCAAAUAACCCAUACAACACAGUCUUCCCAUAUGGAAAAAACAUUUCUUCAGUGCAACAAAAUAUUCAAUCAAAUUUCAUCAGACCAGUUACUUCCUCAGCACAAUCGAUUGGAGAAAAUAACAGUAACUGUGAAUCCCGAAAAUUUUCAGUCGACCAAAACGUAUCAACAUUCUCACAGCAAUUCGGAACCAACCAAAAGCAUAUUACUUCCGCCGAAGGAAGUCCAAAACAACAAAGACCCGGAUCUAAAUCAAACGUUAAUCAACAGGAAUUCAUUGCACAGCAAUUGCUGCAGUUCGCUCAAAGUUCCCAGUCACUGUCCCAAUUUAGACAAGUCGCUGAUUUCACAGGACAAUCAAGCCAAGUUGCCGCAAACACCCAAGGCAGACGUACAAACAACGUUACAGGAUUCCCAAGUGAGCACGUUAUCAACACAAACUCACAACAUGACAUUAGCAGUCUCGGACAAAAUACUCAGGGGAACAUCACCAAGCAGUGUCAACAAACCAAUGAAUUCGGACAAACCAUUCCUAUCAGCCAAGCACCCAGAAAAUACCAGAAUAUCUCAGAAGCUGGACAACAACGAGAUAGAAAUUUGUCAGACGCUGAAGAAUUUUUGCAAUUCCUUGAAUAUUAUAAACAAAAAUGAUCAACCUCCAAAUAACACCGCAUAUGAUCUAAAAGAAAUGGAAACUGAUGGUUGUAACAAAAACGAAACCGUUGAUGUUUCCAGUGAUGAUAUUCAUGUUAGAUGUGUCUUAAAAAACAUAAAUUAUGAGCUGUUUUCUGACUUGCACGAAGCACAUUCUGAUAACAUUGAAAAUUGUGAUUUGGCAUCGAUUGCGAACGAGAAUGAGAUUGAAAAUGCUGACCCGGAAGAUUUACCAAAGAAUAUAAAUUUGACUGAAAACAUUAGAACGUAUACAAAAAAAUCAAAGAGAAAACUAUUAGAGGAAUACAAAGACUGUGUUAAAACACUGACUGGUGUUAAUGUAUUAGAUGUUUGUAAAAAUGUAAAUAUUAUAAAUAGUAUUGAAAAUUUACAUUCCAAUGUACAAUAUUCUUUGACCAAAACUAAAGAAUUGAAAGUUAUUUUAUGCCGCCUAUCUUCAAGCAAGAGAACUGAUGGAAAGCACACAUCAAAUAAGGAAGAAAAUUGUAACAUUAAAUUAAAAUGUGAUAGAGGAAAGACUCCUCCAAAAUUUUUCAAAAGACGUAAAAGUUUGGAUAAGUCGGAAAAUAAAAUUGGAAAAGCACCAAAUGCAGUACAAAGUCACAAUCUUUCACCAUUACAAGAUGUCAACUUAAGAGUUAAUUCACAAUUGAAUUCAAAGAUUUGUUGUGAUCUUAACAAGUCGAAUAGUUUAGAUAAAUGUAAACCCAAUUGUGAGUGCUCAGAAAAAUCUUUAGACUUGAAAUCCCAAGAUAAUAUAGUUCCUAUUAUCAAAAAAGCUUAUCUUCAAUCAGUUUUAUCACAUAUUCCCGGUCUUAACGAUUUUCAAUUAAUAAGACCCACUAACGCCCCUCAAGUCGUCAACGUCGUACAAGUUUCCGGAGGAAGACAAGCACAAAACGUUACCAUUCAAAGUUCGCAGACCAGCACCCAAGUUACGCCUCAUAUCCAGCGAAUUGGUCAGCCGAGGGUUGCUGAACAGAAGCCGGAACAUUCAAAUUCUGUUACACCAACGACGCAAACGACGUCUACCACAAGUGCCACGAGAACAACUUCUACUCAGCCAUCGACGCUCAUCAACAUACUCUCACAGCAGAUUAUUAGACCAGUUUCUAACUCUACCGGAAACACUGUGCGGCGACAAGGACCGCUCAUCAAUCUUCUAUCCCAGCAGAUGAUAAGGCCCGCAUUAACUGCCAAACGGUAGUCAACAGCUCCAACACUACACCUACCAUCGUUGAAACUAGUCAAGCAAAACCAACAGAGCAAACCGUAUUGAAUAACACCAUCAAAACAACAAAUUCCGUUGUUAAAAAUACAAACACUUCGACUACUGGUCAGGGUAGCACGAUUCUCCAGUUCAUUUGUAAAUCAUCGUUGCCGAAAUUUCAGCAGGCUUUUGGCAAAACGGUGUACCAAAACAACAAUGAGACUUCGGAAACACCCACCACAACGGUCGAGGUGGUGGCUAAUGCCGCUACCGAAGUGAAAAAAACAUUUACGACGAAGACUGUGCCUGUCAAUUUGCAACCUAUUCCGGGCAGCGUAAUUUACAGUAGGCAACUUCCUGCUGGACAAGCCAUUAGUUUAUUGCCAUCCGGCACGGCAACCACUCGACAAGUUUUCCGUAUCGCUACGUCGAAUGCCGAACAACUCGGUCUAGUAAAAGACAGCGUUAUACACAGUAAAAUGAGCGCGUUGCUUGCGGCAGCUUUACAAGGUCGACCGAAAACCGCCGACGGCGAAAUCAUCUUGAAUAGCGACGAGAUUAAAGAAGCCGUUGUUCGACCGGCUCUCGUACAAGGAGCAAGAAUUGUAAAGCCCGUGCAAUUACAAAUGGCAACGAACGUGGUGAGGUCAAAUACGCAGCAACCAAACUUAAGUUCUACAACAUUAGAACAACUGAGAGAGUUCGAUAUGGUUUAUAAGCAGAUUAAAGAAAGAAGCACUACUAGUAUUUCAGAAACGUGUACCAACGCAGAAGGCCAAGAAGGCAUACCGCAAAGGAUUAGUGUUACAUAUGUUAACCAAUUGCAAAAGUACACCCAAUUGUCUCCGGUAGUUGUUGUAACGUCGUACAGCAAUUUACAGCCGGCUGCAUCACCAGCAUUAAGUGUAACGUCUCAGGGAAGUUCAAGUCCUUGCGUAACGCCGGCUUCAACUCCGACGUUGCCAAAGCUAGCGACAAAAAAUUCCAAGGGAAAAACCAUAAAAACAACAACGCCCAAUAACACGCAAGCGAAAUCUUCGCCCAUACCUAAACCGCAACAGAAGCCUCAGGAAGACGAGCACACGACGCAAAGAAUAUUCGACAUACUGGCCGAAUACGCGGAACAAACUAAGAAACUCCCCCGACCUUAACAACAAACCGGCGCCAAGGCGGAGAUCGAAUCCGCCGACUAAUCCAAGCCAGAAUUCUAAAAGGAAAAAGAGCUCGUCCACUGUGAAAAAGUCCGGCCCAUCCAACAGUUCGAUCGAAAUGGACAACGAUGAUGUAACGAUUGGUAGCGAAGACAGUUCCGGUGGUGGUGUGGUUCAGCUUUCAGUUACAGACGACGAACAAUCUCAAGCGUCCACUUCGGUCAACACGACUGAGUCGAGCAAUGAAAACCCGAGUCCUCCUAGCGCGAGGCCCGUCAUCCUGGCCGAAGGCCCGCCUGCCAAUCAAUCCAGGAACCUCAUCAUCGCCGAUUCGAGCGUGGGAGAAGCACUGAAGAUACCCAACACCGCAGUAAUUGUGCCGGGAAGUUACAUAAUGCCAGUAUCGAUGGUGAAAGGAGGUCAGCAAAUUGCAGUGGUAUCGGGCGGAAGCAAGAUUCUAGCCACGGUUCCAGCUAGAUCGGGACAAAACAUGCUGUUAUUCCAAAGCUUCACCAACCAGAACAGGAAAGCUAUAUCUGCUGUAAAGUAUUCAGCGAUACAGCCUUUAACCGGUAUCACAACUCAAACGCUGACCAGCGUUGGCCAGCAGCCGGUACUCCUGCCUUCGACUGUUGCACUCGGUCAACCCCUCACCCUGAAGCGAAUAGGAGAGGAAAGGGACAACAGCGAACUCCUGUUGACCGUUGCACAACCCAAGGAUGAACCAAAAGACGCCGGUGACGCGCCACAACCGGACAGCAGUACUAAUCUACCAGCUGAGAUUAAAAUAGAAGAGAUUAAAAUCGAAGAUCACUCGGAUAAUUCCGAAGAAAAUUACCAAAAGACGGUUAUCAGUUCUGUAGAAACUUCGGUUAUAGCUACAACAGCGCCUACGUCUAAGGCGCAAAGUAGUACUAAUCAAACCACUGUUACACCACCAACUAAUACAAUAAAAGCAGAUCAAAAAAAUUGCGAAAGGAUUCAAUCAGUAUUAGUAACAGCGGGUUCAUCGAAUGGUCCGAUGCUUUCACAUACGAACCCCAAAUAUCGCAAAACUUCAGAUAAGGCACACGUUGCAGAACAAAGUAAUAAGGGCGAUUUUCUUCACAACGGCGAAAAACCGAGCAACGAUCAAAAAAAUUUUAGAGGAAACGCGACGUAUUACGCGAACAAAACGAAGAAAGUUGUCGCAGAAUCGCAGAAAAUGGACAGCGAAAUGCAAAAGCAAGCCGCCAUUGAACGGGAACUGAGGCUGCAGAAGUCUCUGACCGAGGAAUGCGAAGAUUUAGGAGUCGACGAGCCGAGCACCAGCGAUUUGUUUCCCGAGGCAGACCUUCUCUUCGACUCGAAUCAUUCCCCCUCGUUCGAUCAGACCUCCCAGGACGUUGUGAAACGCACUAGCCAAGUAGUGGAGAUCAAAGAAGAAGUAAAAGAAUCCAUGAAUUUGUUUAGUGACGAUGAGAAUUCCAGUUCGCUCCGCGGCGAUUUGUUCGAAUACGUCGAAUAUCAGCCGGUGGAGACGUUAGAUUAUCAAAAGAGACACGUUAAUGGAACCGCCAUUCAAGCAGGUUCUUCAGGAUGUGACGGCAACACGCUGUUGCCUAAAUGCACCGUAAUCUCGGAAGUAACUUUAAAUUCGCCCAUAUCUCCAGAUAUGUAUCAGGAAACCGCAAUGCAUAAGUAUAAGUUUAAAUAUAGUAAUAGGAAAAAAGGAGAGAGAAUCAAACAAGAAUUCGGCGGAGAAGUUGUGUCCAGUUCGGAGGACGCAGUAGUUUGUACUGAAAUAGCUAAGGUGCAUUGCGAAGAAACUUACAAAGUAGUGCAUUUAGCUAAAAAUGAUAUAGUGAAAGAAGGGAAAUGCGAAUUGCAUUGUGAGGAGGACGUUGAUUCUCCGAGCGGAAGGGGAGCUAGGAGAAGCGUUAGAAAACUAUGUUCCUGCUGUAAUGGAGCACAGGAUGGUAAUUUAGCUAAAAAACGACCUCAUACUUCCAGACCACAUACACCGGCCACUCCGCACAAAAAAGCCUUUCUUAAUAAGAAAAGAUAGUGCACCACUUGUAUAUUUUAGCCUUUUUUAAUAGUUGUUGGUUGUUUUUGUUAACGAAUUGGGUCGCUGGUCACAUAUUAGUACAAAUAAUGUAUUAACCGCUGGUGUAUUAGUGUCUGAAUGACUCGAUUACUUGUAUAGUAAUUGCUACGUUUGCAAUCUUUUAGUACCUCUAACUGUAAAUUUUCCUCGUAUAUGUAAUAUACUAAAAUUAUUGUGCAGUUUGUCGUUGUACAUAUUCUCAUUUAAUAGAUAAUUUAUCAAUAAAACAGACUCGAUCUGUUUAAUUAACAAAUAUUGCUCUUGAAAAAUGCAAUAAGUUUCACAUAUGUGUGCAACUUCACUAUUUGAAAUUGUAAUCUAAUUAUAUAAUUAUUAAAGCAUUCCAUACAAAUCGAUUGAUUAAAUAAAUAAUUGGUAUAUGAACAACUCUGGAGUACGUUUAUAAAUCGCUUUCGCAAUUUUAUGCAGUCGAUUGAUUGCAACAUUUAGUCGAAAUUAAUCAUAGUGAAAUACCGUGUUUCACAGUAACACAUAUUCCUGCAAUAAACAAUUAAAUUGGACACUCAAAAACCGUGCCAAACAUACUGUACAUACAUACUUCAAAUUUAAACGAUUUGUUUAAUUUAUUUAUUGGCUACAAAUAUCGAUUGAUUUGAAUGGAAUCACAUGUUUU